AUGGAGUGCGCCCUCCUGCUCGCGUGCGCCCUCCCCGCCGCCGGCUCGGGCCCGCCGUGGGCUUCGGCGGGACUGGGGCGUGUGGCCAAGGCGCUCCAGCUGUGCUGCCUCUGCUGUGCGUCGGUCGCCUCAGUCUUAGCCAGUGACAGCAGCAGCGGCGGCAGCGGAUUAAACGAUGAUUACGUCUUUGUCACACCGGUAGAAGUGGACGCGGGCGGGUCAUAUAUUUCACACGACAUUUUGCACAGCGGCAGGAGAAAGCGAUCUGCGCUGAGUGCCAGCAGCUCCCUGCAUUACCGAUUUUCAGCAUUUGGACAGGAACUCCAUUUAGAACUUAAGCCCUCGGCGAUUUUGAGCAGUCACUUUAUUGUCCAGGUACUUGGAAAAGAUGGUGCUUCAGAGACUCGGGGACCCAGGGUGCAGCGAUGUUUCUAUCAGGGAUUUAUCCGAAAUGACAGCUCCUCCUCCGUCGCUGUGUCUACUUGUGCUGGCUUGUCAGGUCUAAUAAGGACACGAAGAAAUGAAUUCCUCAUCUCGCCUUUACCUCAGCUGCUGGCCCAGGAACACAACUACAGCUCACUUGCAGGCCACCAUCCUCACAUACUGUACAAAAGGACCGCUGAGGAGACGGUCCAGCGUUACCAUGGCUACCCGGGCUCCAGCCAGAAUUACCCUGGUCAUACCCCAAGACACACUCCCGACACAUAUCAGAGUCAAGAAAGAGAACAUCACCAUCGAAGGUUGCAAAAGCAGCAUUUUUGUGGACGACGCAAGAAAUAUGCCCCCAAGCCUCCCACCGAGGACACCUAUCUCAGGUUUGAUGAAUACGGGAGCACAGGGCGGCCCAGAAGAUCAGCUGGAAAAUCACAAAAGGGUCUAAAUGUGGAAACCCUAGUGGUGGCAGACAAGAAAAUGGUGGACAAGCAUGGCAAGGCCAAUGUCACCACAUAUAUCCUCACGGUCAUGAACAUGGUUUCCAGCCUGUUUAAAGAUGGGACCAUUGGAAGCGAUAUAAACAUUGUGGUGGUGAGCCUCAUUCUUCUGGAACAAGAACCUGGAGGAUUAUCGAUCAACCAUCACGCAGACCAGUCUCUGAAUAGCUUUUGUCAGUGGCAGUCUGCCCUCACUGGAAAGAAUGGCAAGAGGCACGACCACGCCAUCUUACUCACAGGAUUCGAUAUUUGUUCCUGGAAGAAUGAGCCAUGUGACACUCUAGGAUUUGCCCCCAUCAGUGGAAUGUGCAGCAAGUACCGAAGCUGCACCAUCAACGAGGACACGGGGCUCGGCCUGGCCUUCACCAUCGCUCAUGAGUCUGGGCACAACUUUGGCAUGAUUCACGAUGGAGAAGGCAACCCCUGCCGGAAGGCCGAGGGCAACAUCAUGUCUCCCACACUGACUGGAAACAACGGCGUGUUCUCCUGGUCCUCAUGCAGCCGGCAGUAUCUCAAGAAAUUCCUUAGCACACCUCAGGCUGGGUGUCUGGUGGAUGAGCCCAAGCAAACAGGACAGUAUAAAUAUCCAGACAAACUACCAGGACAGAUUUAUGAUGCUGACACACAGUGCAAGUGGCAAUUUGGAGCAAAAGCCAAGUUAUGCAGCCUUGGUUUUGUGAAGGACAUUUGCAAGUCGCUUUGGUGCCAUCGAGUGGGCCACAGGUGUGAGACCAAGUUUAUGCCUGCAGCAGAGGGGACCACUUGUGGCUUGAGUAUGUGGUGUCGGCAAGGCCAGUGUGUGAAGUUCGGGGAGCACGGGCCCCGGCCCAUCCACGGCCAGUGGUCCGCCUGGUCCAAGUGGUCCGAGUGUUCCCGAACGUGUGGUGGAGGAGUCAAGUACCAAGAGAGACACUGCAACAACCCCAAGCCUCAGUAUGGUGGCAAGUUCUGUCCCGGUUCGAGCCGCAUUUAUCAGUUGUGCAAUAUUAACCCUUGUAAUGAAAAUAGCGUGGAUUUUCGAGCCCAGCAAUGCGCCGAAUAUAACAGCAAACCUUUCCGUGGAUGGUUCUACCAGUGGAAACCCUACACAAAAGUGGAAGAGGAAGAUCGAUGUAGACUGUACUGCAAGGCUGAGAACUUUGAGUUUUUUUUCGCAAUGUCCAGCAAGGUGAAAGAUGGCACUCCCUGCUCCCCAAACAAAAAUGACGUUUGUAUUGAUGGGAUUUGUGAACCAGUGGGAUGCGAUCAUGAGCUUGGCUCUAAGGCAGUUUCUGAUGCCUGUGGUGUUUGCAAAGGUGAUAAUUCGACUUGCAAGUUUUAUAAAGGCCUGUACCUCAACCAGCAUAAAGCAAAUGAGUAUUACCCAGUAGUCAUCGUCCCCGCGGGGGCCCGGAGUGUGGAGAUCCAGGAAGUGCAGAUAUCCUCCAGUUACCUCGCCGUCCGAAGCCUCCACCAAAAGUACUACCUGACGGGGGGCUGGAGCAUCGACUGGCCUGGCGAGUUCCACUUCGCUGGGACCGUGUUUGAGUACCAGCGCGCCUUUAACCGCCCCGAACGCCUGUACGCACCGGGACCCACUAAUGAGACACUGGUCUUUGAAGUUCUGAUGCAAGGCAAAAACCCAGGGAUAGCCUGGAAGUACACCCUGCCCAAGGCCGUGAAUGGGACUCAGCCAGCCCCGAAGAGACAUAGCCACGCCUGGAGCACCAUGCGGUCCGACUGCUCCGUCUCCUGUGGCGGUGGUUACAUAAGUGUAAAGGCCAUUUGCUUACGAGAUCAAAAUACUCAAGUCAAUUCCUCAUUCUGCAAUGCAAGAACCAAGCCAGCAACUGAACCCAAAGUAUGCAAUGCUUUCUCCUGCCCUGCCUACUGGAAGCCAGGCGAAUGGAGCGUGUGCAGCCGGCCAUGUGCGGGGGGCCAGCAAAGCCGGAAAAUCCAGUGUGUCCAGAAGAAGCCCUUCCAAAAGGAGGCGGCCGUGUUGCACUCCCUCUGCCCAGUGAGCACACCCACCCAAGUUCAAGUCUGUAACAGCCAUGCCUGCCCUCCAGAGUGGACCCUCGGGCCCUGGUCUCAGUGCUCCAAGACCUGCGGGCGGGGCGUGCGCAAACGGACCGUCCUGUGCCGGAGCGCCGCGGCCGCGGAGGGCCUCCCCGACCGCCUGUGCGCCGCCGUGCCCAGGCCGGAGUCGCAGGAGGGCUGUGUCCUGGGACGGUGCCCGAAGAACACCCGGCUGCAGUGGGUUGCCUCUUCGUGGAGUGAGUGUUCCACGACCUGUGGUUUGGGUGUGAGGAAGAGGGAAAUGAAGUGCAGCGAGAAGACCUUCCAGGGAAAGCUGAUAAGUUUCCCAGAGCGAAGGUGCCGCAACCUUAAGAAGCCAAACCUGGACUUGGAAGAAACCUGCAACCGAGGAGCCUGUCCAGCUCAUUCGGGGUACAGUGUGGAAGCUGGAUGGUAUUCAUCCCCAUGGCAACAGUGCACGGCGACCUGUGGCGGAGGGGUCCAGACCCGGUCUGUCCACUGUGUGCGGCAGGGCCAGCCUUCCUCAACCUGUCUGCUCCGACAGAAGCCUCCAGGGAUACGAGCCUGUAACACGAACUUUUGCCCAGCUCCUGAAAAGAAAGAGGAUCCGGCCUGUGUGGAUUUCUUCAGCUGGUGUCAUCUCGUUCCUCAACACGGUGUCUGCAACCACAAGUUUUACGGCAAGCAGUGCUGUAAGGCAUGCACGAAGAAGAGCUGACGCCCUCCGCGGCACCCAGGGCCGGGGGCUCACCUUUCAGGUGGAGAGCGGGAGGCUGCAGCGGCUCACCGCGGUCUGCAGUGCUGAGGGGCCUCUCCGAAGAACAGGUGGGCUUCUUUUUCAGUUCCUCCAAGCACAUGGUACUCUGAAGCACUUGAAAGCACGAAGCGACGACAAAUCUGACUCACGAAAAAACAAAAAUAAAAAACAACAUGGAUUUGCACUGUUACAUGGAAGAAGUGAUGAAUCACACUGAGCUAGGUCAGCUUUUAAUUUUUUCAAAGUGAGAAUCUGACCGAUCUGGGGGCACAUCCUUUGAAUUUGAAAGGGUUCCAUGACAAAGACAUCGGUUUUGAAAUGGUCCUUUAAGACUUCAGGUUGUAG